ACGAGUUACACGUGCUUAACGACUUAUUUAAAAAAAGAACCACGUGUAGUUUAAAUACGAUAUUUGGUUUAAAUUCAAAUACAAGCUUUUUCCGCUUUUACAUACAUCGUUCAUCUCUAUGCCGUUGACCGUUAAGGAGUUCCUACAUCGGGGUCUAAUCCUUGGUGAAGAAUCACAUCAUGCUUACCAUAAAAAAGCAUUGUUCUCGGAACUGAACCAACAUGAAAAGUUUCAACUCCGUAGGAGGAAGACAUUCCAAGACGACGGCUUGCAAGAUGUGACUUAAACAAAGAAAAAGCUUGUACAAAACAAAUCAUAUAGUAAUAUGUAUUUAAAUAUAAUAAAUAAGUAUUUUUUUUGUAAAUGUAGAGACCAUUUUUCUGACUCUAUGUAAAUCUGGUUUUGGACAAGACCGUAGUGUGGGCCAACUCAAUAGUUAUUUUGACACUAUACUUUGUUAUAUUGAGUUCCGACUUGAAAGAUGGGUGGUUGGGUGAGUCAUCUGUGGUGGGGCGGUGACCCAGACAAUAUGAAUCAAAUAUCAGGGUUAACUAUGAGAGAUGUGUAUGCGGUGCAGAAAUCUUGGACACGUGCAAGAGCCAAUCCUGUUGCGACUGGUAUCGAAUUGUUCACAAGAUUAUUCCACGCAAAUCCAAAGACGAAGGUAUUCUUUAAAAUGAUACGUAAUCUACCUGAAUAUCAAUACAGUCAGAAUCAUCAGUUUAAAGCGCACGUUAUCAACCUGAUGUCGUCUCUUAGCUCAGCAGUGGACAACCUCAAUCAGCCAGAAGUAGUUGCUGUCAUGAUGAACAAGCUAGGGGAGUCACACGGGAGACGAAAAGUAGAGGAAAAGCACUUUAAUGAUCUAAAGGGAGUUAUAAUGAAAAUGUUCAUCGAAGUUUUGAAAUUAGACGAGGAGACGUUAGUUGCUUGGGGGAAAACUGUCGACUUCUUAUAUAAACACAUAUUUGAAACAUUACAAUUAGAUGAGACAAGAUAAAGGGCAUUCGAACGGUUACUAAAAAAGGCAAAAUGCUUAGUGUUAUUCAACAUUGUUAUAAAAUAUUAACAAUACUUUAUAAGUCAAUUUAAAAAAUAUUAAAAUGUUAAACUUUUAAAGAUAAAAAGACUAAAAAGUAUAAAACAACUAGCCCUAGUCUCCACAGAUUCCUGAUCGAAUAUAGAUUGACUUUGAAUAUUUGUAAUUGUGAAGUUUUAAUACCUUAAAAAUACUUAUAAGAGUUAAAACGAAAAACGUGAGUUGCAGGUUUUAAAUAAUAAUACUAAGAAAUAUCUCAGUUGGCAAGAUUACACUAUUUGCGUGUUUUAAUUAUAUUUUAUAAGUAGUUUUGGUAUGUCCAAAGAUUAUUACA